AUGGCACCAAAGAAGGCGAAGAAGACCACCGACAGCAUCAACUCGCGCCUGGCGCUUGUGAUGAAAUCCGGCAAAGUUACUCUAGGCUACAAGUCAACUCUCAAAUGCCUUCGAUCUGGAAAAGCUAAGCUGGUCAUCAUUGCCGGCAAUACUCCUCCUCUCCGCAAGAGCGAACUUGAGUACUACUCCAUGCUCUCAAAGACCAACGUCCACCACUUUGCUGGAAACAACAUUGAAUUGGGCACUGCUUGCGGAAAGCUGUACCGCUGCUCCACCAUGGCUGUUCUUGAUGCUGGUGACUCUGAUAUCCUCGGCGCCGCUUCAUAA